GUUCUUUGUGCAGGGGGAUAUGUACAUGUAUGUACACACGUAUAUUAUAACAGUGGUGGCUGCUCUACGUGUGUGAGAGGAGGUAUGGUGCUAUGUUGAUGUGAUACAACCAUGAACACCCGCUCUAUGAACGGGACUAAAACAGAUAACUCUCCACAUAAUGGCUUGUCCGAGAAGAGAGACUGGUAUAUCAACUGGGAUGAGUAUUUCAUGGCAGUAGCUCUUGUGUCUGCCCAAAGGAGCAAAGACCCGGUGACUCAGGUGGGAGCAUGUAUCGUGAAUCAGGAGAACCGUAUUGUAGGCGUGGGGUACAACGGUAUGCCUAACGGAUGUAGUGACGACGAUUUACCGUGGGGAAAAAGCUCCGCCAAUAUUCUCGAGACAAAGAAGCUAUAUGUUUGUCAUGCAGAAAUGAACGCCGUAAUGAACAAACUUUCAGCGAAUGUUAACGGGUGUACGAUGUUUGUCAGUCUAUUCCCAUGUAAUGAGUGUACAAAGAUUAUGAUACAGUCUGGGAUCAAAUCCAUCAUCUAUUACGACGAUAAAAAUAUCCACAAAGCAGAGGCAAAGGCAUCACAACUUAUGCUGAAAAAGGCAAACAUCCAUAUCAGGAAGUACCAACAGAAUGGAACACCGCUGGUGGUAGGCAAAAUGAAGUGCAAGUUAUGAAUGGUGCCUUAUUGCUUUUAAUCGCAUGUUUUAUUUCAAAUCACCUGUACAUAUAUUUUGAUUAGAUCAUUAAAUAUUUCUAUGAUUGAAUAUGUUUUAUGAUUUGUGGUAGGUUUAGCACCAAAUUAAAGUUUACCCCGAAUGAGUACUUUGAAGAAAUUAUAUCAAAAUAUUGUCAUUUUAGAGAUACGAGCGAUUUUGUGGAAUGCACACCUGUACCCGAAUGUCAUUCGUCCUAAAUUGUAACGCAGCUGUGACGUCACAAGUCUAUAAUAUCCGUCAUAUUGUAUAACAAAUGAGAGCAACGAAGCAUGAUAUGACCGUGUAAUACAGUAAAAUAUCUCUGUUAUUCUAUUAUUGACAUUAAACUACUGUAAGUGUUAUUCUGAAGUGCGUGGUUGUUUGGUCAAUACUUUUACGAAAGCAAUGGAUCGAAGAUCGCGAAAUUACUUGGCUCUUACGAGUAUGUCAGGUCGUACAGCGAUGGCGUUUCGAGCAAGACUACAUACAUUGUUUAGAUUAUGGACGAAAUUUGUGGGAGCUCGCUGACUGAAGGUUGGGCAGCUCGCUGACUGGAAGGUUGGGCAGUCGGGUAAUGUGGUCUCCCCACCUUAGUGACCAACACCUGCUUCGGCUUCCUUCAUAUGGAAAGUUGUUUUUGUGGGAUGUAUCUCUGAACGCCAACGUUUUGUAAUUUUACCAAUUUUCCGUUAAUGCAUUUUUUCGUAAUUUUUCCCGUUCUGUGAUCCUCACGCAUCUUUUCCUUCGUGAUGGUAUAACUUUUUUUCUUUCUCCUCGGCCGGGAAUUGCUCGUUGAUUCCGUAAUCCGUACCUCUGAGUUGCACUGAUACGUGGAGGUGUUCCAUUGGUACCGUGUGAUUCUUUUUUGAUUUGUUUAAAACAGUUGUGUAUUCAAGUGUACGUUUCGUUUAUCUAACAUGUAUGCAAGUCUUUGUGAAGCAAAACAGUAUAGUUUUUCUUUUAUUACUUAAAUUUGUGCUGUCAUGUGAUGACUUUGACAGUUGUGGUCCGACUGUAAGUAAUUCUACACCUCCUUAUUCAAGUAGGUAUCAAAAUCAAACUGUUAACUUUGACCAUUUAAAAAAGUGUAUUAAUUCACUAAUUAUGUUUGUGUUUUUAUGCUUUCGAAAUACCCAGAUUUAGACUUUCUGUUAUAUGGUAAUCAAGAAAUGUCUUUGAAUAUUAAUUCUGAAGUAUUCUUAUGUGUUCAACAUUUCAUAAAGGACAGUAACAGUUUUUAAGAAGUCAAUCGAUUUAUAUUUUAAAGUAAAACGUGUAGCCAUUGUGUCUUAAAUGAUAAUGUUUAUCCCUAUUACUUGUUUGUUAUAUGCGUUAUAUGUUAUUGAAUGUAUACCAUUUAAUGCUUGUGUUAUUUUGUACAUUUGUUUUUCUUUUUUAUUGCCCAUCCAUUAAUUAUCUCUCUCUCCCUCUCCUCCUAUCUCUUCCCCUCACUCUCUCUCUCUCUCUCUCUCUCUCCAUCUUUCUAUAAAAAUAUAUAUCUAUUAUUCAAUACUAAAUAUGUAUUUUAUAGCAUUUUGUAAUUAUUUAAAUGUCAUUGUGUUAGGAGAGGGCGUUUAUAAGUUGUAAUAACUUGUGCCCAAUCCUGUUGUAAAUUUGUUACAAUAAAAUACGUUUAAACUCAAA